UUUCCCAGCCGUUUUAACCUCCAUGCUCCUCCUCCUCGCCACCGCUGCACUAUCGCCAGCCUCGCCAUCUUGGUGCAGUGAUGAGUUGGUGGCCUUCUCUCCCUGUCUCGGCACCGCCAGACAGAGUCACAGACACUGCAACAUCUCAGUGCUGCGAUACCUUGUCUAAGGCAUUCAAUUCCGGUGAUGGCAACUGUUUCUGUUACCUAAUCAUGCAGCCUCUAAUCUUCGGAUUCCCAUUGAACGAAUCCAGAGUGAUUGCUUUACCUUCUGUUUGCUCUCUAUCAAGUCUUGUAUCUUUAGAUUUGCUCUGCUCAGGUUCACCAGCACUGCCCCCCUUCACGGCACAACAACUCCAGAUUUUGCAGGUCCUGAUGAUCUUUCAUUAGCACCAAGUUUGCCACCAGAAUCUGUUGAUGGAUCACCCAGAAGCCCAGUUUCGCCUCUAGCACCAGCAUCGCAUUCACCAGCAGAGAGGCAUAACAGCAACAGCUAGUUUCUGCCUGGAGUCCUAACGUUAUUGUAAUCUUCAAUCACCUGUAAUGCUGCAAUCAUUGUAUGCUUACCAUUUGAUUGGCAUUUGAAAUUGUUUUAUCACAAGUUUGUCACUGCAAUAGCAGGCAAGUUUUGACCUUUGGGAUA